AUUAUUUUUUUAAAAACGGGCACGCGAGCGAGAAAAGCCUAUACGAACUUGCCUAGGAGAGAUCGGAGCCGCGGGGGAUCGACGCCGACGAGGGCGGUUCAAAGCUGGGAAGGAGCACAGAUGCCGAGAGGUAAGCGGGCGUGAGGUUCCGUUCGUGAGGACCCGAAGUGGAGUUGUUUUUUCAAAUGAGGUCUCCGAGUGCACCUUGCGACAUGAAGAGGCAAACCGGUCUGAAUUAAGGGCCCGAGCUCGCCGGCCGGCGGGUCGUGCGAUUAUUCCAGCCGCCGGAGAAGGGACAUUUUCGUCCAAAAAAUUUUGGGUUGAUUUUCUGUCUCUCGUUUUCGUUCCUGUAUUACGUUGAUUCGGCCGGCCCUCUCUGGCAACGCAAGCAGAACGAACGAAGAAAUUUCUUGAAUCCUCUCUUCCGCCCUCCUCGAUGGCGAUCGCCAUCAUCCUCGUCUGGACCCUGAUCGUCGCGCUCCCAUCGUCCCUCGCUCUCCUCUUCGCCUCGCGCGUCGUCUCCCGCCGCGCGGCCAGGAGGAGGGCCGUCGGGUUCUUCCAUCCGUACACCAACGACGGCGGGGGAGGGGAGAGGGUGCUGUGGUGCGCCGUCAGGGCCGUGCAGGAGGAGCGUCCCGAUCUCGACUGCGCCGUCUACACUGGCGAUCAGGACGCGUCUCCCGAUAGCUUGACGGCCCGUGCGAUCGAUCGAUUUGGAGUCAAGCUGCUUCGUCCUCCUAAGGUUGUCCAUCUGUGCAAGAGGAAGUGGGUCGAAGAAACUACUUACCCACGCUUUACUAUGAUCGGCCAAAGUCUUGGUUCCAUGUAUCUUUCGUGGGAAGCGUUAUGCAAGUAUACUCCGUCGUUCUAUUUUGACACCAGUGGAUAUGCUUUCACUUAUCCUGUCGCACGGAUUUUUGGAUGCAAAGUUAUGUGCUACACUCAUUACCCUACUAUCAGCACGGACAUGAUAUCUCGUGUUCGCCAGCGGACUUCUAUCUAUAAUAACAAAGCUUCAAUAGCUCAGAGUGUUUGGCUAUCCAGAUGUAAAAUCAUAUAUUACACAAUUUUUAGCUGGAUAUACGGGUUUGUUGGGUCUUGCACACAUCUUGCAAUGGUUAAUUCAUCAUGGACAAGGUCGCAUAUUGAGAAGCUUUGGAGAAUUCCUGAUCGAACUAAGCGAGUUUAUCCUCCAUGCGAUACAUCAGGACUGCAGGCGCUUCCCUUGGAAAGACCAGUUACUGCGCCAACUUUCAUUUCUGUUGCCCAGUUUCGUCCAGAGAAGGCACAUGUUCUUCAACUUGAGGCAUUCGAGCUUUCUAUCAGAAAAUUAGAAGCAGACAUGCCAAGACCUAAGCUCCAAUUUGUGGGGAGUUGUCGGAAUAGAUCAGACGAAGAUAGGUUGGAAAGUUUGAAAAUCAGAGCAGUUGAACUGAAAGUGGAAAGGGAUGUGGAGUUCCAUAAGAACGUAAUGUACAGGGACUUGGUUAAACUUUUAGCAGGUGCAACUGCAGGACUGCAUUCUAUGACUGAUGAGCAUUUUGGAAUCAGUGUAGUAGAGUAUAUGGCUGCCGGAGCCAUCCCGAUCGCUCAUAAGUCUGCUGGCCCAAAAAUGGACAUUGUUUUAGAAGAAGAUGGACAGCAAACUGGAUUUCUUGCCCAAAAUGUUGAGGAAUAUGCUGAUGCCAUCCUGAAAAUCCUAAGGAUGUCAGAAUCCGAGAGAGUCAAUAUGGCUGCAGCCGCUAGGAAGCGUGCGUCCAGAUUUUCUGAGCAAAGAUUUUAUGAAGACUUUAAGGCUGCAAUCCGGCCAGUAAUGGGUACUUCAUCAUCUUAAAACAUGUUAUCUUGUAACCGUGAGCGAGAUGCCUAGUUGUAGCUUUAGUUGCAAAGAAUACCUCUCGCUCGUGCUUACACUACCUUGUGGAUAGUCUUGAUGUACACCUUGUACUCCGGCAUUUCAUAUUCUGUGCGCAAUCAGCAUGAUCAUAAUCUCCUGUUUUAUUCUGACACGUCAUCUUGAUAAUUUAUGAUUAGCAAAUAUAGAUUGCAAAUUAUAAGAA